AAACCUCCCUUAGUCCCUCUCUCUCUCUCUCUCUUUCUCUCUCUCACUCUCUCUGUCUAUAUUCAUAUAUACAUACAUGUCUAUGUACUUUGUUUGGAAGGAUAAAAAGUCUUCAUAUUCAUCCCCUGCCCAAAAACCUUCUAUAAAAAUCUUGAAUCUCCAUGUUUCAUUAGCAAUUUCUUGAAUCUUUGUAUUUGGGUAUGCGGUUAUGAGUGGUGUGUAGUAAAUGUGUGAAAUUUUUGGUUAUGGUAGCUCUGUUUCGCACACUUCUCUGCUGCUGCUGAUGUUGAUUCUCUGUAUAUUGCCGGGUUUGAGGAGCGAGGGCCGGGUACUAAUGUGGUACCCGGUCUGUGUAUGACGGGUGCAUUGAAUUAAUGACUUUUCUGCUAUUUUGGGGAAAAAGUGUAGUGUUCUUUUUUCAUUUGAAAGCAAUGCAGGGUGGAACUGUAUGCGAAUAUAGAGAUUGGAUAAGGGUUUGAGGGUUAAACCUCUGUAAAUAUAUAUAUUUAUUGUACUUGUACACGCUUAUAAAAAAAAACACACACACACACAUAUACAGCCAUGUAUGUGUACUAUGUGCGUGCAUUUAUUUGUGUCUGCAUGUGGGGGUGAAGGAUAAGAUCUGGAGGCUGGAUUGGGUUGGCUUCUUCUGGGUUUCCAAUGUCAACUGGAGGUGUGGGUGGGGGGUUUUCAAAAUUUCUGGAUGUGAGUGCUAUGAAUGGUGUUUGAUGAGUUUGCAACUGAGCACUGAUGCACAAAUUUCCAAUUGACCUGUAUUGAGGGGUCAGUGGAGAAUUUGGGUGUAUUUGAUGAAUAGAUUGAGGGGUUUAGUGCAUUAGAUACAAUGUCGAAGAUAUUAGCAUUGGGGGUGUUGGUUUGGGUUUCCCUUGUUGCAUUCACAGUUGCUGAUAAUGGGUUCUUCAGAUGCAACUGUGAUUAUGAUGGAUUUUGGAGUAUCGAGACGAUUAUGGAGUGGCAAAAAGUUGGCGACUUCUUGAUUGCAGUGGCCUAUUUUUCCAUCCCGAUUGAGCUUCUUUAUUUCGUUAGCUGCUCCAAUGCGCCGUUCAAAUUGAUACUUGUUGAGUUUAUUGCCUUCAUUGUUCUGUGUGGAAUGACCCAUCUGCUCAUGGGGUGGACUUAUUAUGGUCAACACUCGUUUCAUUUGAUGCUUGCCCUUACCAUUUUCAAAGUUCUCACGGCUUUGGUGUCUUUUGCUACUGCUAUUACCCUUGUUACCCUUAUUCCCUUGCUGCUCAAGGUGAAGGUACGAGAGUUUAUGCUGAAAAAGAAGACUUGGGAUCUUGGUCGAGAAGUUGGAAUGAUAAAGAAACAGAAAGAAGCGGGAUGGCAUGUCCGGAUGCUCACCCGAGAGAUACGCAAGUCACUUGAUCGACACACAAUUUUGUAUACGACUCUUAUAGAGCUAUCGAAGACGCUGGAUUUACAUAAUUGUGCGAUUUGGAUGCCAAAUGAGGAGAAAACGGAAAUGGACCUCACUCAUGAGGUGAGAGGGAGGAGCUUCUUAGAUGGGCAUAACUUCCCUAUUCCAGUCCUCGAUCCAGUCGUACAGGAAAUUAAGCAGAGCGUUGAAGUGAAACUACUCGACCCCGAUACACCACUUGCUGUUGCAAGUAGCGGAGGGGUUUGUGAGCCAGGAAGUGUGGCGGCGAUUCGGAUGCCAAUGCUGAGGGUCGCAAACUUUAAGGGUGGGACCCCUGAGCUUGUCCCGCAAUGCUAUGCUAUCCUCGUUUUGGUGAUUCCUGCUGGACAGGGUAGAUGCUGGGGCAACCAGGAAAUGGGAAUAGUAAAGGUUGUAGCUGAUCAAGUUGCUGUGGCAAUUUCCCAUGCUGCAGUGCUUGAGGAGGUCCAAAAUAUGCGGGAUAAAUUAGAAGAGCAAAACCGAGCUCUGCAUCAAGCACAGCAAGAUGCUUUGAGGGCCAGUCAGGCUAGGAAUUCAUUCCAGAUGGUCAUGAGCAAUGGCAUGAGAAGGCCUAUGCACUCAAUUUUGGGCCUUCUCUCUGUUUUGCAGGACGAGCAAUUAAAUUGUGAGCAGAAACUUCUUAGAGAUACCUUGGCGAAGACCAGCAAUGUCCUCUCGACUUUAAUUAACGAUGCAAUGGAUACAUCAACAAAGCAAAACAGAAGAUUCCAACUUGAGAUGAGAUCCUUUCAAUUACAUUCUAUGAUAAAAGAAGCUAUUUGCCUUGCCAAGUGCCUUUGUACUUUUAAGGGUUACGAAUUUGUGGUUGAAGUGGACAAAUCUCUGCCUAAUCAUGUUAUUGGCAAUGAAAUUAGGGUUUUUCAGGUAAUUCUGCAUAUGGUUGGAAAUCUACUGAAGAGCAGCAGUGGAGGGUGCAUCAAAUUUUCUGUAACCCGUGAAAAGGAUGGUCAGGGAGGAAAUGAUUUAGGAUGGAGAACAAAGUCAUCUAGUGAGCAUGUUCAUGUCAGGUUUGAAAUUGGGAUUGUCGGUAAUUGUUCUAAGCCCGAGGGUGUUUACAAAGCCGCACAUUGUAGUGAGGCAUAUGGCCGGAGGGAGGUUGAAGAAGUUUUAAGCUUCACCGUGUGCAAAAAGCUAGUUCAGUUAAUGCAAGGAAACAUCUCGGUAGUGCCAAACCCUAAGGGCUUUCAUCAAAGCAUGGCAGUUGUUCUCGGCUUUCAACUCGGGCCAUCCACUUCAGGCAUGUCUGGGUGCAGCGAAUCUUCCAGUCUUACACACCCGAGCUCUCUUUUGGCCGGGCUCAAAGUUCUGUUAGCCGACCAUGAUGGUAUCAACAGGGGAGUAACCCGUAGGCUGCUCGAGAAACUAGGGUGCAAUGUUUCUGCAGUUUCAACCGGAUACGAAUGUCUCGGGGCUCUAGGACCCACAGCAUGCCCAUUCCAAGUUGUCCUUUUGGACCUUCACCUGCCUGAACUCGACGGUUUUGAAGUCACCAUGAGAAUUCGCAAGUUCAGAAGCCGAAGCUGGCCACUGAUCAUCGCUCUAACUGCAAAUGACGAUGAAGAUGCGAGCGAAAGAUGCAUUCAGGUUGGGAUGAAUGGUAUUAUUCGUAAACCGGUUAUUUUGCAAGGAAUUGCUGAUGAACUUACCAGAGUCCUGUUGCUAAAAAGCAGAAACAUUGCAUGAUAAAGUGAUAAUUAAAAGUAUUAGAGAAUGAAAGCAAACAUAGAAUAUAUGUUCUUCUAGUCAUAAUAUUUGAUAUAUAUUAUUCUUUUAAUUAGCAUCAUUGCCUUCUAAUUUUUUAUACCAUUAGUUAGUAUAGUUGAUGGAGUAGUGAACUGAUGGCAAAAUUGAUAUGAAUUAACUUAAGUGUACAGUAUUCAAAGCAGUGAUGAGAAACUCAACAUUUCAUUUGAAUGUGGUCUGAUAAUAAGAUCACUGUUCAAAUGUCUUAUGCCACUUUGCAGUGGCUAAGAUCAAUUAUUCA